AUGGCGAAACUCGCAACGCCAGUUUCUGGCUCCAAGACGCUGAACCCUGCCGCGCAUACCAAUGGACAUGCGCGAUCCGCUGCACUCGAAGCUGUGAGCGCACGACCACGGCACAAGCAACGCCGGCCUACCAAGCAAGCGUCUUACGAGCUCACCAACCAUGCCAAAGCCUACCUCGAGGGCGGUCAAUAUGCCAGCGGCUAUGACUUCCUCUAUAGCCUCCUCGCCGCGGGCACAAGCAUAUCGAGACCCGCGCAACCAUACAUAGGCUUUCUCGCACCGCCCGCAUACAUUGCAUUUGCCUCUUCCAUGGUCGCCGACCCGAGAUUCACCACCAAAGCGCAAUCGCGAGACGCCGCCAGAGGCUCCGAUGCCGCGCUGCGAUACCUGCAAUGCGUGCACACGACGAUAGACGACCCCGCAUACCCAACGAUAAGGAAAGCCUUCAUGUUCCCAAGAGAACGCAGCAGGAGGAGCGCGCCCAGCUACAGGGCUAGUGCAAGUCUAUCACCCCAGCUGAGCAGCGACAUCAAGCGGAUAGCUGGCGAGGCUGCCAACGAGAAGAGCUUGUGGUAUCGUGCAGACGACUUCUGGCAUGCUGUAGGGUGGGCGUUCAAUUGCGCGAUAAAGCACAAGAAACGGUGGAAUCGAUGGAAACUGUGGCUGAGGGUCAUGCUCGACUUCCUCGAAGCCGAUUGGGAUGUCUGCGUCAAGCAAAGCAACCAAGAGGAAGCGAGCGCAGAGACAACCCUCCAGCAGAGUCUCCUCUGGCACUACAUAACCGGCGACGAGACAGCAAUGAAUCGCGCAAAGAGGCGCCGGAUCAUCAGAGCUGUACUCGCAACGGCGACACCCGACUCGCUCAAAGACUACCCGGAAGUCUGGGAGAGGGAGACAGCAGAGCCGAGACGUAAAAGAAAUGAAGACCAGCCAGUGGGCGAGGUUGACUUCGAGACUGGGGAGCUGGCGGAUUAUGGUAGCGACGAAGAUAUGCAGGACGCAUCGGACGACGGCGGGGAUGAGAGUGGCGACGACACGUCUUCGGAGACCAGCGAUAAAGGGAUUAAGAACGUACACGACGCCAUAGAGCGCCUUGGCGGACAGGACGCGAUCGAGCUGCGGCAGCGUCUCAUAGCACUCCUCGCCGAAGUGGCCGUAGAGCUACCGGAACUCUUCACCCGGAUAUAUGACCUCUGCGACAACAUCUUGGAAGAGUUCAGUCAGGUCCCGACCAUGACCUUUCAGGUGCUUUUGUCUACGAUGAAGCUACCCGACGACAUUCGAGUCGCCUUCACCGCGAACCUUCUACAUGGUAUGAUAGCCAGCAAGCCACCAAGCUUCUUUCUCCGAGACCCUAUUCAACAGGAUUUCGAAAAGACUCUUCUUCCACUGAAAGGAACAACGCAAAGCUUUGCAGCAAACACCAAGAUCUCACUCAUACUGGAACAGUUGUUCAUGCACAUGAUGAAGAACAAUGCUCUUGCCCCUAAUCCAGCUCUUCGCAAGGCUAUGGAGGCUGGUAUCCAAGCGCGACGUAGUGUAUAUGGUACGGGUAAAGGCAAGAGAGGCAACGCUGAGGAAGAAGAGCAAGCGAAGAAACUGCUACAGGAAAGCUCGGACAGGCUGUUGGGAUUGCUUGAGGUAUUGGAGAUGGCUCAUGGUAAAACUCCGCAGUCGACAAGAGUGAAGGAAUCCGCACUGCUCUCUUUUGGCUCGGGCUCGUCGCUUUCUCCUGCGCCUGAUAGCGAGACCGAGCCUGAAGACUGA